GAGUUUGGGCGGAAACAGCGCGCGGUGACAGCUGGGAACCUCAAUACGCUCAUAUACAGGAAGAGAACGCAGACGAGGAGCCCGUAACACACCCAUUCAACAUCAAAGACUAAAGCUAGGACAACUGAAACAUUUCUCAGACGGUAACGGUAUGGCAGAGCUGGUGAGUCUAGUGCAGCGUCUGGAGGUGGCAGUGGGUCGUCUGGAGGCCAUGUCUAGUUCUGGGGGUGGAGGUGGUCCUGCUGCUGCAUCUGGAGUGGUUUCAGUGUAUGUUGAAGCCUAUGACAAAUUGCUUUCUGGCCCUGUGGCUCAGUACACUGCUCUCAGUCAGAAGAUAGGGGGUGAUGUCCAGAAGCAUGCUGAGUUGAUGAAGCAGGCCUUUUCCUGUCAAAGACAGCUUCUGGUCACUGCCUCCAGCUCUCAGAAACCUUCUGAUUCUGUCCUGACCUCUCUGCUGGCCCCCGUGUCUAAAAUAAUCCAGGAGGUGCAAGCGUUCCGUGAGAAGAACCGCUCCUCACCUCUCUUCAACCACCUCUCUGCUGUCAGCGAGAGCGUUCCCGCCCUCGGCUGGGUUGCCAUGGCACCAAAGCCAGGUCCCUAUGUGAAGGAGAUGCAGGACGCUGCCAUGUUUUACACUAAUCGUGUACUCAAGGAUUACAAAGAAAAAGAUAAGAUGCACGUGGAGUGGGUCAAUGCUUAUGUGUCCAUUUGGACCGAGCUGCAGGCCUACAUCAAGCAGCACCACACCACUGGACUGAGCUGGAGCAAGACUGGUCCGGUUGCCUCUGGAGGCGCCCCGAGUGGAGGAGCACCAGCCCCGCCUCCCCCAGGUCCUCCUCCACCCCCCAUGGACUUGGACAAAUCAUCAAGCGGAGGCUCUGGAGCUACCAGUCACAAUGCUCUCUUCGCCUCCAUCAACAAGGGAGCAGAUAUCACUAAAGGACUGAAGCAUGUGUCUGAUGACAAGAAGACCCACAAGAAUCCUACACUCAAAGCCCAAGGAGGUCCUUUGCCUUCUGGACCCAAACCCUUCGCUGCUCGGCCCACAGCAGCUGCCAGCCCAGCCCGCACUCUGCCCCCAGUGCUGGAGCUGGACGGCAAGAAAUGGAAAGUGGAAAAUCAGGAGGGUGCCCAAGGCCUUGUGAUCAGUGACACAGAACUAAAGCAGGUGGUUUAUGCUUAUAAGUGCAACAACAGCACUUUACAGGUGAAGGGGAAGAUCAACUCCAUUACUCUAGAUAACUGUAAGAAAUUGGGUCUCGUCUUUGACGAUGUUGUGGGUAUUAUUGAGGUGAUCAACUGCAAAGAUGUUAAGGUCCAGGUUAUGGGUAAGGUGCCAACCAUCUCCAUCAACAAGACGGAUGGCUGCCAUGUGUACCUGAGCAAGGACUCUCUGUCAUGUGAAAUCAUCAGUGCUAAGAGCUCCGAGAUGAAUGUGCUGGUGCCAAACAAAGAUGGAGAAUAUACUGAGAUCCCAGUCCCUGAACAAUUCAAAACCAUAUGGGACGGUAGCAAGCUGGUCACCACAGCAACCGAAAUUGCAGGAUAAACGACCAGGUUUUGUGAGACCACCCCCAUUGCAGUGUCCUACCUGACUGACCAACGAGCUUAAACUACAAAAUAGAAUGGAAUGUCAACCA